UUUCAGAAUGCCAAGCUCCAGCGAGACACUGCAACUUUUUCCUCACGAGGGACGAGGCAAAAAGUGCGAGACGCAAGUCAACGUUGACACUGAAGAGGAAGGAUCGGACCGAACAUUGGAAGAAUCAGAAGAUGAACAAGAGGGAGAGGAAGACGAAGAAGAUGAAGAACUAGACGAUGAUUUAUGGAUUGUUGAAAAAAUACAAAAAAUGCGGUACAAUGGAAAAUUGAAGAGAGUCGAGUUCCUCGUUUUAUGGGAAGCUGAUAAAUCGAAAUCUUGGGAGCCUAUAGAAAAUUUUCACAGUGGAUAUGACAAUGUGGAGAUUGAAAGAUUCCGAACAGAAAAUCCUGAACAAUUUGACGAUGUAACUGAUAAGUCAACUGCAACAAAAAAGAAAGGGAGACCGAAAAAGCUACAAAAAAGGAUAACCAAAGAUAUUGACGAUGAGCCGGAUGAAACUGCGCAAGGAGAAUCCAAAAGGCUGGCUGAUCCGAAUAAGUUGCAAGAUCCGUCUGAAAAAACCCCACGGAAAACGAAGUUACGCGAUGGAAAAAUUAUUGAUUCCAACGAUCAGAAGCAGGAAGUUUCAUCGCGCAAAUGGAGUGUUGGAAGAUCUAAAAAGAGACCACCAACUCAAAUGGCAGAGAAUGAAACAUCUUCUUGUAUGAAACCACGGGAGAAAAGCACCAGAUCACAAGCCGAAGUCUACCUGCCUCCAUUGAAAAGGUCUCGCUCAAAAUGCCAAGUUUCGGCUCCACAACCUUCAAACUCUUCUCUUCAACUAUCUCAAUGUAUUUCGGAAAGUGUUCCAAGAAGAUCCCGCACCCGAUGUAGAACAACUAGUGAUACUACUAUUGAAGAAGAUUCCAUGAUUGCAUUGUCUGAUCCAAAAAAUCACAAUUUUAUGCAAAAUAAAAACACUGCUUCUGGAUCGCGGAAUAAGUCGACAUCUCAAAUGGGGCGAUCUCAGAGCAAGGCAAGUGACGACGUCAUUAUAUCAGAAGUUUCUCCAAUUGUUACUCGGCGUUCGCGUUCAAGAAGCCACGUGUCAAGUCUGAUGGAAAAUCCACCGCCACUUACUCGAAGCAGAUCGAUUCCACAGAAGGCGACAACAAUCCCAACUACACGUUCACGUUCCAGAGGUCGCUUUGAGUUGUCCGGAAAUUCCGGUGCAGAGAUAAGAAUUGAACGAAACUUGCCAAGACCAGUUGAACAAAGUUCAUCCCGACAUGGCCAAUCUCAGAGUGAAGCCAUUAUUGUAUCAGAAGUGUCUUCUCGUCGUUCUCGUUCAAGAUGCCGUGUGGCAAGUCUGAAAGAAACCCCACCGUCACUUUCUACGACCAGAUCUAAACCAAUUCAACAAGAGAAGUCAAUACGACAUCCACGUUCACGUUCGAGAAGUCGAGUUGUGCUAUCUGAAAAUUCUUGCGCAGAAAUUAUAAAAAAAAGAAAUCCACCAAGAUCAAAAAGUGUUGUUGGACGCCCACAAUCCAACAACGAAGACGAGAAAAAGAAGAAUCAGAAAGUACCAACUAGAGUCCGUUCUAAAUCAGUCAGCUACGAAAUCAGUAAACUGGUACCAAACCGGCAUGUUUCACGAGUACCGCCUGAUUUUUACGAGAUGCAAAUUCUGUGGACUCAGAUUUCGGAAAAGACAACUCCUACUGAACUUUCAGAGUACAAAUCGGGCCUUCAAAAAUUGUUGACUGGACGGGUGUCUUGUUUGAAACCAAUCUUUCAAUUGCUUCCAACUCUUCCAAUUGAAUUAUACGAAACGCACGAGAAGUUGUACAGCCUCUUCUGUGAGAUUACUGGAGCAUUCCCAUUCAAAUAUCAUCAAGGUUCUAAUCUCAUCUCAAGACACUCAAUCGCGGACAAAUCUCAAAUUGGUGCUCAAAUUCUUCUCGAAUGCCUUUCUCAAAAUAUUUUACCAUUUGAUGUGGUGAACGAUCAAACUACUCUAUUGGCUAUUCAUAAUUUUAUCAGGAUUGGCAUCAAGGAUAUGCUAGAAGAUAUCGUAGAGAAACUUCCCAAAGGGCGAAACGUGAUCACUGAAAACGAUCUUCAAGGUUCACUGUCUUCAAAACUUCUGGGAUAGCUUUUAAAAAAUGAUUUUUUUUUCAUUCGUUUUCUGUUAUGGGUAGAAUAUGUUGCUGCCACUGAAUAAAGCACUGUACCAUUUU